GCAGCCGAGACACAGCCAGGGGAAGCGACUCUGAGCCCAGCUGAACCCUCCCCCUGCCACGUACCCAGCCACGCACUGAAAGGAGCAGGUGCUGAGCACAUCCCCGGGGAAAUCUGCCUGGCUGUACAUAGUUGCAGGCUGCCAUUGAUUCAUUUGCUCAGCGGCGCUGGAAAGAUUUCUUCUGCCCCCUUCCAGAUGGAAUCGCCCCCGGGGGGGCUUUGAACCUGGGACCUCGGGAACUUAGUGUAGGAGCCUCUACAGCUGUAGUGAUCCCUGAGCCGGACUGAAAGGGUUCAGGGGCAGCGCUGUUUAAAAGGACAUGGGUUACCACCGCCCGUGCCAUGCCAUAGAAUCAUAGAGCCAUAGAGCUGGAAGAGACCUCAGAAGGUCAUCAAGUCCAGCCCCCUGCCCAAGGCAGGACCAAUCCCAACCAAACCAGCACAGGGACCCCUUCAGCGAAGGAAGGUUGGACCGGACACCACUUGGAAACAGCAGCAUUAUAAAGGGCUCCUUCGGGUGACGUGAAACGAGAGCUUCUCUGACUCAUGCAGAGUGGGUGACGAGAAUUGUUAUGAUGGAACGUUAGUCAGGGGAGGGGGGAUUUCCCCUUUUUGCGUUUCCUGUCACAGCAGCAGACAGCAUGGAGUAGUGGCUGCCAGCCAUGCUCUCUCCAGCUCCCUGGCUCCUGUUCCCAGACCCCACCCACAGAGCAGCUGGCCCACCCCCUCCAGGGCGAUGGCGCCUUGGGCCACACCUGCCUGGGUCUUCUGGCUCCUGUCGCUCUGCUCCCUCACCAGGGCUGGGCUGCACCGUCUCUCCUGUUUCCAGCUCAUUUCACCCCAGGCGGCCCCAGGGCUGCCUAAGAGCAUGAGCGUGUUGAGGGUGAAUGACCUGGUGCUGGCGGCCUACGACAGCGGCAUCCGCAGGCUGGAGCCCCGCAACGGGUACAGCCCGGGCCAGCAGGACAGCCAGCAGUUCUGGAGCGCAGGCAGUUCUAAGUGCCAAGGCUGGGAUUCCCAGGGGGAUGCCACAUACCAAGUCCUAGUGCAGGAGGUGAACGCCAGCGCCCCACAGGCCGAGCCCUACUACAUGCAGAUCCUGAAGACCUGUGAGCUGGAUGAUGCCACCGGCACGGUCCAAAUAGCCACCAGAUGUUCCCUCAACGGGGAGGACGUGCUGCACUACCGAGGAGACCAGAACCGCUGGUUCUCGGUGCACCCGGCAGCCUGGCGAGUGGCGGAGCGCUGGAACCAGGCUGCGGAAGUGUUUGGGGCGAUGAACCACCUCACCCCUCAACAGUGCCAGUCUUGGAUCCAGAGCUCGGCAUCAUUCAUUGCUCAGCAGACAGCCCAGCCCACAGGGCACAUGGCCCUUGUCCCAAGGACCGAGGCCCGGCCGCGCCGCCUCAUCUGCCACGUGACGGGAUUCUACCCCCGCCCCAUCAAAGUGACCUGGGAGCAGGGUGAGCAGGAUGCCCUGUGGGAGCAGCUGAGCAGCGGGAUCCUGCCCAAUGGGGACCACACCUUCCAGAUCCAAGUGUCCAUUGAGCUGGGGCAAGAGGGGGCUGGCCCCACAGAGCACGUGUGUGUGGUGAGACACAGCAGCCUGGCGAACACCACCCUAAGGGUAACCUGGGUUCAACCAACUGGCCGGCUACAUGUUCCCCACCCUCUGGGGGAGUAUCUGUCCUGGGCUUCAGGACCGGGCACCAGGAACCCACAGGCAUUUCCCCAUCCCCUGCUGGCUGCUCUGAGUCACAAAUUGGGAAGGAAGGAGGGAGACCACUCAAGCCAGCAGGUGCCUCGGCAUCGCCCACGUUCUCCACCAAUAAGCUGCUGGAGCUGAGGAGAUGGGCAAACUCCAGAAGUGUCUGGCGCCAGGAGUGCUGAGCUCCAGGUAGGCCCACGUGCUCAGGUGAGGAUGCCCCAUCCCAGAGGGACUUUCCCAUGGGUCUCUUUCCUCCAAGGAGAUAUUGUCUCCCAGCCACCCGCUCCCUCCCUCCUGCCCUGCCUUUGCACUAGCAUAGCUAGGAGUGGAAAUUUGAGUGGGCCCUGACUUUUCAUUGGGCAGACAAUGACGCCAUGUUGGAGGGGAGGGGGCAGAAGGAUCCCUCUACCUGCCCCCUCUACCCCACCCUUAUUACUCAGCCUGAACCCCCUUUGCCUAAGGAUGGAACCACACUUUUGAAGGACAACGAAGCCAUUAAUUAAUCUUCACUGGAAAGAACAUUUUGAAGAUCUCUUAAUCGUAACUCCACGGCUGCACAUGAAGUUCUUCAGUAAAUCCCCCAACGACCUUCUAGGGAUGAGCUUGGAGACACCCCUCCCCCCAAUUUGCACGAGGAAUACAAUGCCAUCAAGCAGAUGAAGAACAGCAAGGCAGCAAGUCCGGAGGAUAUCCCCGAUGAAAUCUUUAAAGAUGGUGGACCAGAGUUAAUUCAGCAGCUUAAUUUAGAAUUAGCCAAGUGUUUUCUGUUAGUUUUGAUUUGUAAUCUACUUCUCUCUGCUUGUUUUCACUUAGUACCACUUAAA